AUGUUUUCCCCUAGCAAAUUCAGAAAACAAGUUAACGAGAGUGAAUCGGUUUCAAAUUGUGAAUCUACAACUUCAAACUCUCGCAGAAUACUUGACCAACAUGCGGGUUUACCAAUUUCGUCAGCUUUUCGAACAGAAGCAAGUGAUAUUGGACACCAUUUUUCAACCAAAAUGUAUUUUAAAAUUCUGUCACCGAACAAUGUUUUUGCUUUAAUGGGUGAUAAUGAGUUUAAAACCAGCUUCAAGAUAUUCACAAUUUUCGAGCCAACAUCUACACCAAAUGGAAAGAUUCAAUCAUUGAUUACAAUCAGCUAUAAGAUCAAUAAUGUGCUAUUUAAAAUGGAAAAAGAAAUUUUUAUUGAAAAAGUAAACAUAUUUUCCUUGGAACUUCACAUAUUUAAUUUCCAGAGCACAAACAGUUCGACUGGAUUUGUAUUUACAGGAUUUAAAUCUAUAUAA